AUUGAGAACCCUGUAUAAGGAGCAGAGUUUGAGUCAGACAGCAGCAAGGAGAGGAAAUGGCUGUGCUGGACUCCUCGCGAGACGACAGCAAAAAAAACACUUUAGUUUCUGUUUCACUCUGAGCCGGAAGCAGUCCCUAAGACACUUGGAGCCAGCAGCUUCCCAUUCACUCCCUGAGAAACAGUCUCCUUGGCCAGGUGCAGACACUCCAGGUGGGCGAGGACGUGGACGGAAAUCAAGAGGAUGUCCCAAUAUUCCAGGAAUCCGGGAUGUACCUCGUUGGAAGUCAGGACAGGGACCACGAUAAUCGCAGUGGAGUUUGAUGGCGGGGUGGUGAUUGGCUCUGAUUCUCGUGUCUCUGCUGGGGAGGCGAUCUGUAACCGUGUGAUGAACAAGCUGUCCCCACUGCACGAUCGGAUUUACUGUGCCCUGUCCGGCUCAGCCGCCGAUGCCCAGGCCAUAGCCGAUUCUGUCAACUACCAGCUGGAACUACACAGCAUUGAGACUGAAGAUGCCCCAUUGGUGCAAGCUGCAGCCACUGUUGUCAAAAACAUCAGCUACAAGUACAAGGAGGAGCUGUCAGCUCACCUGAUCGUUGCUGGAUGGGACAGGAAGAAGAAAGGACAGGUCUAUGCCACUCUUGGAGGGAUGAUUAUCCGACAGCCAUUCUCUGUCGGUGGCUCAGGGAGCUUUUAUAUUUAUGGAUACGUCGAUGCUACUUAUAAAGAAGGGAUGAGCAAGGACGAGUGCCUGACAUUUGUAAUCAACGCGAUUACACUGGCCAUUGGGAGGGACGGUGCGAGUGGAGGGGUGGUAUACCUCACAACGAUCACAGAGAAAGGCACUGAGCACAAAAUAAUUCCUGGCAAUGAACUGCCUCAAUUCCACGAUGAAUGAAACUAUGUAUCUGCCAUUCUUGAAUAAAGUUUUUCG